GUUUUAGAAAGCAAACAGCCUGUGCUUUGCCACGGAAAUACAGGUUUAGAAGUCGAAGGAUUCUAAUUUCACUAUCGGUUUCUGUUUUGAACUUGUGCUUUUUUCGUAAUUUCUGUUUUUUACCUGCUUGCGUGUUUACCUCUCCGUGCUUGAUCUGGGUGACAAGUUGGUAAUUUAGUGGUAAGCAGGAGCCACAAGGUGGAGAGUGUAAUCAUGUUUUGGUUUGGUAGUGUCUGAGGAGAAAAUUGUCUAGUUCUUGGUAUCCUCUAACAUAUCAUGAGUGAUGAGUGAACUGGAUCAGUGUUUUUCUUAAGAAAUAUACUGCUGACUAAGAGAAUGGAGUAGGAACAUCAAGCAAAUAUAUUUUCUGUAAACUUGCAACCGUCUUAAACUCUUAUCUGUGCAUUUUCUGUAAUGUUAACAAAGUAACUACAAGUAAAGUUAAUGUGGAGUUUAGACCUUGGCUGACAAGGUGUGCAGAUCAAUCCCUUAUGAUUCUGAAGCAUGUGACUUGGUGGAUCAAACUUUUUUUUUUUUAACAUUGCCCAGCAAUGUCUAGCAUUGACCUCUGUUAGUAAUGUUUUAGUCCAUAUGCGCUGAAAGAAGAGGGAUAAAGUGAAUUAGAUCAUUACAUUAUACUGGUAUUUUAUUUUUGUAUCUGCUGGUUAUAGUGUUUAAUUAUGUUUUAUUUGACUGGUUUCUUUUACUAAAACCUUGACUAAGGCUACAGUCAAAAGUCAUGUGAAUCAUAGUGAAUUAUUUUGUUUUGUUUCCCUUUCAUGUAUUUUAUAGCAUGGGAGAAGAAAACAUAGGGAGAUUGAGCCCAGCUAUUUACAUCUAGAAUCUGCUUUUGAUUGUAGUUGGCAAUGAAUAUAUUGUUGAAAAAGUAGAUCAUGUUUCAUUUUGGGGAGGGCUGAGUUACUUAAAAAUUUAAAAUCAUUUGAGUGUCAAAAGCGGUGCAAUGAUAAAUCACAUUGCUCACAAUUCUAAACUUCUAUAAUUGCUGUUUUCAUGUUGCUUUGCAGAAGUAGUGCCUUAUCUGCUUUGAAGAUCUAAGAGAGCUUUCUGUUUGUGUAAGGCAUAAAGGAAAAUGGAAGAAGGCGAGACUUUACGAGGGGAAACAGAGAGGGCAGAAGUUGAGCCGAGUGCUGCUCCUGGCCUGGGCCGGCAGAUAUCGGUCAGUGAGUUCCUGUGCCACUGCUGCUACGACAUUCUGAUCAACCCCACCACCCUGAACUGCGGGCACAGCUUCUGCAGGCAUUGCCUGGCCUUGUGGUGGGUGUCGUCCAAGAAGAAUGAAUGCCCGGAAUGCAGAGAAAAAUGGGAAGGAUUCCCCAAAGUCAACAUCCUCCUCAGGGAUGUUAUUGAAAAGCUAUUUUCUGAUGCCAUUGAACAAAGAAAAGAAGAUAUUGAACAGAACAGUGAUGUAGCACGCAGCUUAGCAACUUUCCAAAAGCAUGGGAAUGACCAGAUGCCUACAGUUCCAAACACAGGAAGAAUUAAUCCUCGAGGAGGGUUUUUCUCAGGUGUUCUGACAGCUUUAACUUGUGUAGCAGUAGUUCUACUUGGCUAUCACUGGAGUAGCAGAGAAUUUGAAGAUGAUCUUCUUGUCCACAAGCCUGUUGCUAAGUGGACUGCUGAGGAAGUGAUACUGUGGCUGGAGCAGCUGGGCCCAUGGGCUUCACAUUACAAAGAAGGAUUUUUACUGGAGAAAGUAAAUGGCAGACUCCUCCUAACACUGACUGAAGAGGAUUUCACCAAAGAGCCUUACAGCAUAGAGAACAGUAACCACAGGAGAGCUCUUACAGCAGAGCUGGAAUGUGUGAAAACUUUAGGUGUUAAACCACCACAGAACCUUUGGGAGUAUAAGGCCGUAAACCCAGGAAAAUCACUCUUUCUUCUGUAUGCACUGAAGAGUUCUCCAAGACUCAGUAUGUUAUACCUAUAUCUGUUUGAUUACACAGAAGCUUUCCUACCUUUCAUCCACACAAUUUGUCCUAUGCAAGAAGACAAGUAUGAAGAUACUGUCACAAAACUACUUGACCUUAAAGAUCCUUCUUGGAGGCAGUGGAGAGAAUUCACUGUAAAGUAUUUAUUUUUGCCAUACCAGCUGAUAGCUGAAUUUGCUUGGGAUUGGCUAGAUGUGCAUUACUGGACCUCAAGAUUUAUAAUUGUAAAUGCCAUGUUGCUCUCUGUUCUGGAAUUAUUCUCCUUUUGGAGGCUGUGGUCAAGAAGAGAAUUGAAGACUAUUCCUCACAGAAUGUGGAGACAUUUCUGGAAGGUCUCAACCCAGGGACUUUUUGUUGCCAUUUUUUGGCCUUUUAUUCCUCAGUUUGUCUGCAAUUGUUUGUUUUACUGGGCCUUGUAUUUUAACCCAGUUAUAAACAUUGAUCUUGUGGUUACAGAGAUAAGACGUCUGGAGACACAAGUGCAGUGAUUGGCAUUGGAACUCUUGAGCUGUUCAGCUUCUAAAAUGGACAUUUUGAAUAAACUUUGCUUUUCUUCUUUAUGUACGUGGCAGUGAAAAUCAUGGAUUAUGUUAUUUUAAACACGUGAAAAAGCUUUAAGAUAAGUUACUCUUAAACCAGCUGAUUCCAAAUUGGAGGAUGAAGGAAAAAUGAAUUUUCUGUUGGAAACAAAAAGCACAUUCCUGUAUAGCCAUGUAAAACUCAUACAGUCAUCUCACCCUAUUUGUACCAGAUAAAUUUCUCUAUUCUGUCCUGAGCAUUCUGUGUAUUUUCGAGCCUGCCUUAAAGUCAGUGUCUUCUGCACUGCUACAGUGAUUUCUUUCUUUUUCUUUUUAAACUUAGCAUUUCAUACCAGCAGUGUGUUCCUCAACUUCAGUUUGCCAAAGGAAUGCCCUUCCUGGAUAGGCUUGAUGUUGAAAGAACUUCAUUUAUCUCAGUCUCCUGUACACGUAGCAUUGUAACUGCCCUAGAGUUUCAUGGUAGAGUUUGUUCCAAAAUUCCUGCAGCUGAAGGCAAAGGCUACUUGAAUUUUCCUGUAUCUUGGAAAAUGUGAUAAUUACCAUGGAAAUUUUUUAUUCAGCUCAGUUAGACUUCAUCAAUAGCUCCUUUCAUUCUCUCUUCUUGAAUUCUGUUGCUAAUUCUUAAAUAUCUCUUAAAAAGGAUUAUUUUGGAAAAGUGACCUGACACUGUAAUUACUUAUGGCAAUAUAAUGUGUGUAUCUCUGUCUGUGAGCAAAUAUUGACUGGAAAGUUAUUUGUGUAAGCAGGAUUGACAUUUGUUAAUGUAUGUUCCUUUGACUGAAUCAAAAGGUAAGAUUUCUUUUCAAGAACUUUGUCCCCUUGCAGUCUGCAUUGGUUUGUUGUUUUAUUUCAUUUGUGUCAGUAAUGUGAACUAAAUUUACCUAUGAAUAUUUUUCAUGAUUAAAGAUCACUCUUGAAAUCUUCACUA